AUGUAUGGACAGUGCCAAUUGCAGCAAGCUGUAUUAAAACCUUUCUUGCACAAUCAUACAGAGGGCUUGUCUGCAAUGUCUUAUAAAAGCAACAGAGGACGAAGCAGAUUAUACCAAAGAAUAUCAUCUAUCUGGGAAACAACAAGAUCUCAAUCUCAGGACAGAUCAAUAUCAGAAAUGACAAUGGCACAAGUACCAGACAUGGAAUCCUAUCUAAUGGACAAUAACAGUGAAUAUGAGGGAGAUUUUUAUGGUGUGAUUUCCCAUGGAUCCAAGAAAGGGGUUCACAAUUCCCACUGCAUCUCCUGUCACAGAAGGUCCUGUGUGUGCAGUUCAGGAAUACAUCUGGAGAUGGCCACAGAGGUGGAUUCUGGGUACUCUUUCAGGAAAACCGUGGUACUCGUGGUGGCUGUUGAAAAACUGAAAAAAGGGUUAAUUUGCAACAUGGGGUUCAAAAACACAGAUUUACUAAAUCUGCUAAAUUACAUUUGUGUGCAAGAAGAAAUUCCAUUUGAAAACACAGAAUUCACUUCCGCUUCCUUCCCCAAGUACAAGUGCAUUAAAACAAGUCAAUACAGUAUCAGAGAUUCUCACAAUAAGUGCAUGGCUUUACAGCAAUUCCCUGGGAACGCCAAACUUGUAGCUGUUUUGCUUCAAGGUUUAAACACCCAGAGAGAAGGCAUUGAAGGUCAUGUUUAA